GUGCGUUUUAUCUCAGUUAUCAUUAAAAAGUUCUGCCAGAUCACGAAGACAGAACCAACUACAAUAGAGCACGCCACUCGCAUUACCACACGAUCGAAAAGCAUGCAAACCGACGAGCGCUCAUCUCCGUUGAAGGCGGACAGCGACAACAUCUUCCCUUGCCCAUGCAGUGUCUGUGUGCCAACAUAUGGAAAAGAUUUCAGCAGUGAGACAGCUCUAAUGGCACAUCCUAGAGAGACAAUGUCGAGGCAUCAUCGACUAUUAGGCUUUACUGGCCCCCCGAUUCCCAUGUUACCAUAUACUCAGAUUCCGGGUUCUCCUACUCGCCUCUUGAUGCCGUACUCUCUUCAUAGAGCGCCAUAUCAAAGAGCAGUGUUUGCCCCCGACGCCUGUUACAGAUCGGGAAGUGUGCAAGAAACUCCCAAACAAGAAGUCUUACGAGAAAGCCAUUUCAUUCAGACUGAAUCCUUAACACCAAAUCCCGAUGCAUCUGGGAGAUAUUGGGACCGAUCUGGUAGUAAGUAUUGUAAUGCUUUAAAAUCUUUCAUUCUCAUCGAUGUUUUUCAGUUCGUGUCCAACAAUAGGAUACGAAUCAGUGAGCCUUUUUUUAUGGAGAAAGAGGUUGAAGUCACGUACUUUAUACACUAGCAUGUUUUUGGCUUUGCUGCAUGCUCUCACCUUUUAAGAUUUUUUUUUUUCUCAUCCACAAAGCUUCCCAAAUUUUCAUCGAGAAAACGAACUUAUAAUAAGUUAAAAUAGUAGCUAUUAAGGCUGAGCGUGUUUGGGUGUGUAAACAAUGAAUAAUGCUGCCAAUUAGAAGUGAAAAGAUUCCCAGUUAAGGAUAUAAUUAUUGAAUUAAAUUAAAGUAUUUUGAUGUCACGACAUUUAAAGAAAAAUUAACUUUAAAGUUGAAAAUUUUUCGGGAGACACUGACUCGACAUCUAAUUGAUUGAAUCACGUUUCUUAUCGUGUAUUUGCUUUGGUGUUUCAAUCCCAAUUGUCUUAAACAACGAUGUUUACUUUCAUAUUUACUAAUUCUGCGCCAUAAUUAUGAAUAUUAGCAACAGCUUAAUCGCGUAUUGAGUAAUUAGAAAUUUAUGCUUAGUAAGUGAGGUGGAUAAAAAGAUAGCAUUGAUUUAGUUGGGAGUCGUUUGAAUGGUUUCGCAGAGAAACAGUUGUCGAGCUGAGAACUGAAGUCACGCAAGAAGUGGAGUUUCUUUUCAAAGGAUACAAAAAAAAUAGCCGUAAAAAAGGAAAAACCUCUCUUUCUUUCUUACUACAGGACGUGGGCAUAGAAUAUUAAGUUUCUUAAAAAAAUCAGCAGCUUUAUUAUGCGAUUCUCAUCUGUAUAUUUCGGCUUCGAGUGUUAAACUCGAUAGCUGACGAGUGAGCGCAGCGAACGAUUGAGAUGUCGAGUUGAACACGAGACAUGUCCCAGCGAUGCAAUAUUUCGGUCUAUUAUUCCUUUGUGUCAAUAUACAAUAUCUACAUAAAGUUUCUCUCCUUAUACUGCUUUUCCGUUUUCAAAACAUGCAACCACGGAAGAUCUACAAACGCUUCACAUAUUUCGAAGUGGAAAUGUCCUAGCGUUAAAUUACGCCGGCUUAUUAUUCCUUUGUGUUAAAUACAAUAUCUACCGAAAGUUUAUCUCAUUGUGAUGCUUUUCCGUUUUCAAAACGUGCAAUCACGGAGGAUCUUCGAACGCUUCAUCUGUUUCAAAGUGAAGUCGAAUUUUCGUGCGAAAUUUAUUUCUAAGCCGCUAAAUUCACAAGUUAUUGGUUAUUCCCAAAUUCAAAACCUGAAAAAAUUUUAAAAUAUCUUAUUUGAGAAUUUAUUUACGUUAAUCAAUAUUAAUUAUGUUUUACCAUUUUCCAGAUAAAGGUCCACACGAGAAAUCACGCCGAAUGCGCACAGUCUUCUCUCCUCAACAGCUCGACAGACUGGAACGAUAUUUUAAGACUCAGCAGUAUGUGGGAAGUGCCCAGCGGAUUUUCAUCGCUUCACAGCUCGGUCUCUCAGAAACCCAAGUCAAAGUUUGGUUUCAAAAUCGGCGAAUAAGGUGGAGGAAGACAGCGCUUAAUGGUCCAAAAAAAACUCUCACAGAAGACCAAGAGUCCUAAUGUAACUUGUGGACUCUAACGAAGUCAAUAUUGCUUACGUGUACGUCUGGGGCUUUUGAGAGAGAAAGUCCUAACUCUUCAAACCAUACCAACAUAAACACACUGGAGGUGAGGGGAGGGGCGCGUACUGGAAAGAGGGCGCUUCAUCGAAGGGGCGCUUAUUAUUCUAAUGUACUGAUUCCGCUUUAGUGGAAGCUUAAGAAGUCGUAAAUAAAGUAACAUUAAAAGUAGGUGUCAUUGGGGUUAACCGUUAGCUAGAAAACGGACAAAAAAAAUUAGAAGUUAGGCGUAAAAAGUACCAAAUUUUAUUCGUAACCCGUUAAAAAACUGUAAAUUUUUUUCUGUAGAUUUGAAUGGAAGAGAGUGACCAUUAGCCGUAAAAUAGCCAAAAUCUUAACCGGUAGCCGUAAAAGCCAUCACCCGGUUGAGACCCUUUAGAAACAGGUUCUCCAUACAUCCCUAUUAUUUAAAAAAUUGAGGGAGGAGGGGGAGGGGGAGUUUAUUCGAAAGGAGCGCUUGUUUGACAACAUCACCUUGGCGAUGGGCCCCUAUUCGGGGGAGGGCUCUAAUUAGAGCGUGGGCGCUUAUUCGAGGAAUUACGGUAAUUGCCUUUUCAAAGAGGGUUUAAUUUUGAAUCUUUUUAUGGUAGUAGGGUUUCAAGAUCCAUAGUAAGUACGCAGC